CCAUUUUUGACAGUAACUGAUAAGAAUAUUUCUACACAACAAAUCCACAAUCAUCUGGCGUAGUAUUGAAGGACCUAUCAAAAGGAUUAAUUUGUUGUUUAUCGGAAGGAUUUUUCUUUCGAUUUCCGCAAUAAUUAGAGAAAUACGCAAAGAUGAGCUUCCUUUUUGGAAGUAGAAAUAACAAGACCUUCAAGCCAAAAAAGAAUAUACCUGAAGGAACACAUCAGUAUGACUUGAUGAAACAUGCUGCUGUGACUUUAGGAAGUGGUAAUUUAAGACUAGCUGUCAUGCUUCCAGAGGGAGAAGAUCUGAAUGAAUGGGUUGCUGUUAACACUGUUGAUUUUUUCAAUCAGAUUAAUAUGUUGUAUGGAACAAUCACAGAAUUUUGUUCUGAAGAAACAUGUCCUGUGAUGUCUGCGGGUCCAAAAUAUGAAUAUCAUUGGGCUGAUGGUACCACAAUAAAAAAGCCUAUUAAAUGCUCAGCACCAAAAUAUAUUGAUUAUUUAAUGACUUGGGUGCAAGAUCAACUUGAUGAUGAGACCAUCUUCCCAUCUAAAAUUGGUGUUCCCUUUCCAAAGAAUUUCCUCACCAUUGCAAAGACCAUAUUAAAGCGCCUUUUUCGAGUUUAUGCACAUAUCUACCAUCAGCAUUUCAAAGAAGUGGUUCAACUCAGUGAAGAAGCUCAUUUAAAUACUUCUUUUAAACAUUUCAUAUUUUUCGUACAAGAAUUUAGUUUGAUAGACCGUAAAGAGCUAGCGCCAUUACAGGAAUUAAUUGAUAAACUGAGCUGUAAGGAUAGAUAAAGCCUUAAUCUAGUCAACCGUCCUUUCUCCUUGUCUCAGAGAUCAUUUCUACCUGCAUACUUAGCUUGUUUCUG